AGGAAGGGGUCAAUCACCGUGCCUCCAAGAGCGAGAGAAAAAAUUCACCUCCGGCGUAUCGACGACGCGACGCGUUAUGACCUAACGGCGGACCCACGGUCCGGGCCAGGGGAGACCAGCACGGGACGCCAUAUCGGUACAACUCGCUUCACAAAUCGGUUCCUCCUAGAGAAAGAGCGGCGAAGUAUACAACAUGCCGGAGGAAGAAGAAGACGACGACAAAAAGUCCAAGGGCAAGAAAGACGACAAGAAGGCCAACAAAGGUAAAAAGGAUGACAAGAAAGGAGGCAAAGACAAGGGAAAAAAGGACGCCAAAGACAAGGGUGGCAAGGACAAAGGCGGAAGCAAAGGCGGAAGCGUCAAAGCGAGCGGCGCCGAAGUGGGUGCCAGUAAGGACAAGAAAGAAAAAGACCCCAGCAACAAAGAGUCGAUCAAGAGUCCCCCGCAGAACUGGGAAAAGGAACCCAAGCCGGGACCCGAGAAGGACAAGCCAGCAGAGAAGGGAGGCGAGAAGCCGGCGGAAGGAGCCAAGGAUGACAAGGCCAAGUUGCUCGCGAUAUUCAAAUCCGCGGAGGAGGCCGGUAAGAAGAGUAGCGGCGCAAUUCCGUCGGCUUCGAAGGAGAAAGCGGGCAAGCCCGAGGGCGCCGAGAAGGCCGAGAAGUCUUCCAUCAAGAGCGCCGCGUCCGUGGAGAAGACCAUGACGGAGACAUCGAAGACCGAGACGAGCGACAAGUCGUCCGUGCGCUCCGACAGCAAGAGCGAAGUGGUCGAGGUGGCGCUAGACCUCAAGAAGAAAUCGUCCGUCAAGGCCCCCAAGGCAGACGAGCAGGCAGCCUCGAUGACCGUGGUUCGAACGCUGACGGCCCGGGGUCCGGUGUACGCCGAGCACUACUACGACGACGAGACGGACGACGACGGGAGCCGGAACUACAUCGAGAUCCAGAUGUUCGGCCAUCGACACUCGGCGGGCCACGUCGACCCGUCGUCGCAGGGGGGACAGGCCUGGAACCAGAGCUACUACGACGCGGCGCAGCAGCCUGUCUCCGAAGCCCCCGCCGCCCAGAGGACGACCGUAACGUACGCCGGCUACGGCUCCGACGCGGGACAGGUGCAGGCCGGCAGCCGCUGGACGUCCAACCAGCAGUUCUUCUCCGGUCCCGAUCCCGGAGGCGAGCAACGCGCCGACUACGGCGACCUCACCGUGUCCGUGUGGCAGGCGCCUCCGCAGCAGCAGAGGGACUUCUGCCGCGACGUGGCGGGCGUGCCGCAGACGGCUCAAUACACUUCGUCCAGGGAACUCGGAGCAGCUGCUCGCCUGGGGGCGGCGAGGAACGCGAUGGACGCGGCAAGGAAUGCGAUGAUCGCGCACAAGCUCAGGGAAAUGCAGCAGGGUUUGGCGGGGCCACUGCCGGACGACGCGGUGACCACGGAGCGCGUAAUUUACGAAGUGACGCACGGUCGACCGAGUAGCCAGACUCUGGAGUCGCCGGCGACGCCGCCGUACCACGUUUCCAGCGGGCCCCUCGUCGUACGCAGUAGCCAGUUCUACGGUGCACCCAGCGUCAGCCAGGCUAUUGUUCGACACGAGGUGCGGCAGUCGAGCGCCACGCGCCUCCAGACAGCGAGUCCCCCAUUACAAGUGCGCGCCGACAGCAACCACGGCGCGGUCUACAACGCGGCCCCCGGCCCGAGCUCGAUGCACGGAAGCUCGCACGGCUUCCGCGGCCCGGCCGCGGCUGAGCCCGUGUCGCUCCGAUUGAGCAAGAGCGUCGGCGGCGUCCAGUCCCUGCAGGCCAAGGCGGCGGACAUCAUCAGGCAGCAGGCGAGCAUCAUCGAGCGCCAGUCGAACAUCAUCAACCAGCAGUCGAGCAUCAUCGAGCAGCAGCUGAGCCUGGUGGACGCCACGCUCAGAGGGCGUACGUCCGCGGGCGGUGUCCAGCAGCGGGAGGCGUACCACGUGACGCAAGUCGUGCCGCAGGAGUUCGGCGUGCCGGCGCUGCCGGGGCCGCAGGCGGACGGCGGCGCGUACGACGACGAGAUGAUCGUCAGCGCCGAGUUCGUCGAGACGAAUCGAAUGUCCAGGAACCCUUGGAACCGUCGCUAAUGACGCCGGCAGGAGCGUAGGGUUCCACGCACCUAUCCCCAUCCCUGCACCGGUGUUGGCGCUUCGGAACAAACGAAGCAGCCCGUUCAGUCGCUCGUCACGAGCAUGUUGCAGUUUUUUUUAUUGCGUUCGAAUAAAAAUUCGCUUC